GAUCUACAACGGUCAUUUAUUCGCUGACCUCGUUUCCGAAAUGCGCCGCAUCAAUUUAUGUAUGGUGAGAAGGUUUACUUGCCCUCGCGCUCGGUGAUUUUUGAUUCCCUGUCAUCAUCCUCAUGCUGCAAAGAGCACAUCCAGUUUUUCAAAGCGCCGCAGCCGGUGACUUUGAACUACUUGAUCAGUUUCUGCGCGAGGACCCACAGCUUGUGAAUCGACCUGAUUAUGACGGUAAUAUGCCGCUCCAUUGGGCAGCCCGUUCCGGUUGUUCCGAGUGCGUUGAGAUGUGUCUGAAUGCUCUCUCCCAACGCCCUGAGUUAGAUCUAUCAACUGAGAUUGGCCGCACAAAUUUUAUGAACGAGGAUGCCUUGUGUUGUGCAGUAGCCAGUGGAAAUGAGGAUUCGGUGGCAAUUCUCUUAAGGUCUGGAGCUAAAACAGAUUAUCGGUUUUCGUCUGAAGUGCCGCCUUUGGUUGAAGCUCUCCGCGGCUCUAAUACGCGCAUUACUCGCCUCCUCCUAGAGACGCUUGAGGUCGAUUUCACACGUUCUCGUUUGGACAGAUAUUGGUUUGAACCUCUGAAACUUGAUUUAACCAUCACACUGGAACAGUACAAGCUAAUGAAAACGUACGCUGUUCCAUAUGGGAUUGGUGAUUUCGAAGAAUUGUACCUCUCUGUAUUUGAGCGGGAUAUUGCGAGCUCUGGGCUAGAGGACUUCUUCGUUUACAUAUGCACGGACGCUGUUGAUCGUUGGACCGAAACUCGCGAAGAAGUGCUCAAGGCAUGUCAGCGGGUUACCUUAUAUUUUCUACGCAAAUUAGUCCCGCACACAGGCAGUUUUGCUUGUAUUCGCCGGUUACAACGAUCCGGAAUUUACAAACCCCCGUCAUCUGCUCAUAUUUGGUUGCGCGUGUUUGCGAGCUGGGGGUCGUUCGCGCCGAUUUGCCUCCAUCCGCAUUCCGAAGACCAGCUGUUACUGGAGCUAGUUGACUUGACGAAACGGGACCCACUAACGAAGCUUUGUCCAUUAGUGCACGAUUCAAACCUCAUUCCACUCAUAUUGUACUUCGCUUUUUUGACUCUGCAGUUUCCUCGUCCCACGUGGCUCACUCAUUGGGAGCAUUCCUGCGCUAAUGUUGGCUUUGCAGAUUGUAGUCUUUCCACGCUAUUUGAAAUUAAUACUAUUCAACAUUCUAACUCGGCGUCCGAUUUCUUUUGGAUCGAGGUCUACCCUUUUGUUGUAAAUCGAGCCAUUAGUACAACAGAUUUAGGCUCCAUCUCUGUUACGGUAGCGCACCAGCAACUGUCGCUUUUCUUACAACAUGUUUUGCAACACUGCCCGGCUAUGCUCUCGGAGUGUGUAUCCAAACCAGAAAGCUUAUUUCUCCGGAUAUUGACCCGUAUCCCCGCUUCCAGCAAAACACCUUCUCACGAAUUGUUUCUCCAUUCUAUGCGACAGUUUGUUUUUCCCUGGUUCUCCAACUCUGGAUUUCCAUUUGAGCAACUUCACGAUUUCACCACAAUCAUGGUACAUGUCUUUUCUGGCCGCAGCGUCAUCGAGAGCAUUUUAGAUUUUUCUCCCUCUUUCAUUGAACACUUGAUUGGUAACCCCGAACAGUGGCCCAACGAUGUCUUAUCAACUCCUGACUUUUUUCUUAACUGUCUCUUGUUGGCUUUUCUUGAAAAUCGCGCAGGCGUUGCUUUGCCGCAUUGUGUGGAACAACUUUUUGGCAAUACAUCAUGCAUCACCAUCCCUGACGCCAUACAGUCUUGGUUCCUUCAACUGCAGUCCCGACCACCGACACUUUUUGAGGCCACAAAGCGAUACAUUCGCGUACGGCUUCGUGCCAGUCUGCGUUACAGAUCGCCACAAGGUCCGAGACAGUCACUCAGUGAAGUUGCCAGGCAGUUGCCAUUGCCCGCCAUGUUAUAUGCGCUGUUGCUCAAUCCAGAUUCCAUUUUCCCGGAACCACAAAUUCGUGGGCAUCUUUCUCCAUCAUUGUACCCACGUUCUCCUUAAAGCCGAUCCUUUGUUGCCAUGCUUCUGCACUCUUCUGAUCACUGUCACCCUUGGCUGUUCUGUGGUCCAUUCAGAUGCCUACGUAACAUCUUCCGUCUCUAGUUUUCUACCUCAUGUUCAAGACCUCAUUUUGAUUAAAAUGUCUACAAUACAGGUUCUUCUUCCUUAUCAUACGGUCACACAACUUUGGCGAGUAUGCCAACAGUAUUCUUCGCUGCCUCCUUCCACCCGAAGGAACUCGCAUGGGGCCUUGUUUGCGUUGGUUGGGGCUCACGAUGGUUUCACAUAGCAUGAGCUUAAUGUCACACACUGUCAAGGAUACCAUGCUCUUUUGAUCGAGACCACUCUUGUUUCGGUGUUAUCCCUAUGUACCAGCCUGCUUGACUACAUAAUCCCUAAAAU